UCAUUAUGAAAUCAGUUUUGAUUUUUUGUACGAUAGACGUUAAUUUGUCUGAAUUAGAAUACCUAGCUGCUCACCUCGACCCUUUUGAAUGCCAUCGACUGAUAGCUGCUCUACAUUAUACCUCCUACGAAUUACCCAAAAGUUUGGCAGGAGCAGAACGAAAAAUAAAUCAAGACAUUCCCUGCCUCCUACAAUUACUGCACUGGAAUAUGUCAGAAAAAGAAGGAAAAGGAAAAACUCAUGAAGAAAUCGAGCAUCGACUGCGACAAUUAAACAGAAAUGAUCUCGCGGAUUGGUUUGGAAAAACAGUUUUUAAGCAACUUGGAAACGAUUUGGGAAGAGCUAUUCAAAAUCCCUUUGGAAAACUUGGCGAACACGAAACAGAAAACUCGUAA